AUAAUUUUCUAUACAUAUACAAAGAAAAUCAAAAUCAUAUCCAAUAAAAGCUUUCAACAGUAAAUCUCAUAAAUAAUUCAAUACACAACUCUAACUACCUUCUAUUUAAAUACAAUAAUAUUUAAUAGAAAAAAAUAAUAACAAAUAAUUUUUUGUCUAUAUAAACAAUAAUAAUUUUUUUUUCAAUUCAUUCAAUUCAUUCAAUUUAUUAAAAAACUUUUUAUUUUUUAAAAUAAUAUAUUCCAAAAUGUCCUCAAUUUUUGACUUUUUCAAAUCACCAAAAAAUACUUCAUUAUCAAGCUCAUUAGAUUCAAUUCAACCACCACAAUUAUCUAAAUCUGCUUCAAACUCUCCAUCUUUAAACUCUUCAUCUGAAAAUGCUUUCAUGAGAACAACCUCAAGCCCAUCCAUUGAUAUUCCAAAUGCAAGUAACAAAGACAGAGAAUCCUCUUACUUUAGAAUGCUCCAAGUAAUUGAAGGAAGUUCUUUCUAAAAACAAAAAAUUUAAAAAAAAAAAAAAAAAAGAAAAAAUUAUAUGUCAAAUGUCUUAUGUAUAGUAUAAGCAAAGAGCUCAAGUAUUUUUAUUUUUAAGACAAGUUUUCAUAAAUCAAUUCAUCAAAUUUUCAAUUUUAAAAGACACAAGUAGAUUGUACCUUUUUUCUUCAAUAAUUUUAACUAUGUUGGUUAUAAAUAAUAACAGUAAUCUUCUUUUUAAUUGUCGCUUUUGACAAACCCUGUAAAUAAUAAAAAAACCCUGUAUAUAACAAAAAAAAAUAAAAAUAUUUCAUCAUUACACC